CUCUCUCUCAUGUCGAUGUCUCCGAUCUCCAUCGCAAUUCAGUUUCCUUCAAUUGAUGUGACCUUCGAUUCCAAAUCCUUCAACCCAGAAACGGGUUACUCAUAGAAAAGAGUGAUAGAUAGAUAUGAAUGUUGACGCUAGAGUCGGUGUGGCGGUGGAUGGAGCACAGAGUGCUCUUAACACUGCAACCACUGUUCAUAGUAGUGUCGUGACGCAAAUUAAGCCGCAGGGGCAGCUAGGGGUCGUUGAGAAUUUACUCGCUGGAGGUAUUGCCGGCGCCUUUAGUAAGACCUGUACCGCUCCUCUUGCUCGCCUCACCAUCUUGUUUCAGUUGCAAGGCAUGCAAUCAGAAGGUGCUGUGUUAAGCCGUCCAAGCUUAUGGUGUGAAGCUUCCCGUGUUAUCAAUGAGGAAGGAUUUAGAGCCUUUUGGAAAGGAAAUAUGGUUACUGUAGCACACAGGAUUCCCUAUACUGCAGUAAACUUCUAUGCAUAUGGCGAAUACAAUAAAUUUUUCAAUUCAAAUCCAGUCGUACAGAGUUUUAUAGGAAAUACGAGUGGCAACCCGAUUGUGCACUUUCUUAGUGGUGGCUUGGCUGGAAUGACAGCUGCUUCAGCUACCUAUCCCCUCGAUCUUGUCAGGACCCGUCUUGCUGCACAGAAAAAUGCAAUGUAUUACCAGGGUAUUAAGCAUGCUUUCCAUACCAUAUACAGAGACGAGGGACUUCUGGGUCUGUAUAAAGGACUUGGUCCUACAUUGUUGGGUGUUGGGCCAAGUCUUGCUAUCAAUUUUGCUGCGUAUGAGUCUAUAAAAUCAUAUUGGCAUUCUCAUAGGCCAAAUGAUUCGAAAGUGCUUGUUGGUCUUUGUUGUGGAAGUCUAGCUGGAGCUGUUUCUUCAACAGUUACAUAUCCGUUGGACCUUGUGAGAAGAAGAAUGCAAGUGGAAGGAGCUGGUGGAAGAGCGCGAGUAUAUAAAAGUGGAUUCUUUGGAACAUUCAAACAGAUAUUCAAGUCAGAAGGCAUCAGAGGGAUAUACAGAGGAAUAGUGCCUGAAUAUUACAAAGUGGUUCCUGGCGUUGGUAUCCUCUUCAUGACAAUGGAGGCUUUCAGGAUACUCUUAACUUCUCUCCCCAAUUGACAACUUCCACUUAUACUUCAGAGGAAUUUAGUUGUUGCUUAUAGAGUUAGUAGAAGAAAGGGACAAACUUGUCUAUUCCCCCACUUGGUCAUCUUUUCAAACGCUUUGGUAGUAAAAUUUAUUCUUCUUACUGCCGUGAAGAUAUAGAGGAAAUUUUCCAGUUAGUUGCACUUGGGUGUUAAAAACAUUCAAAGGCAUCAUAUUUACACUGUUUCACGUGAGCAUAUCUAUCUGCUGAUAAUAACAUUUGUGUUUUUGUUCUCUCUCUGUUUA